AUGUUAAACGUUACUCAAAAGCUCAGAUUUUUUGCACAGCCAUGGGUGACUAACCGCGUGCUCUCCGACACCCCCACUAUCAUCAAGAUCCAGAAAUACCAGCACCGGCAUCUCGAUGCCUUGUUUUCUGGGUUGUCCUGUGUUGUUUCGGUGCCUUUCUACACUGCAUUUCUCCCAUUGCUUUUCUGGACCGGGCAUUGUAAAUUGGCUAGGCAAAUGACUCUCUUGAUGGCCCUUUGUGAUUAUAUCGGAAACUCUAUAAAGGAUGUGGUGUCAGCACCCAGGCCAAAGUGCCCACCUGUUAGGAGAAUAACUGCCACUAAAGAUGAGGAAGAGAAUGCAAUGGAAUAUGGAUUGCCUUCUUCUCACACUCUUAAUACCGUGUGCUUGUCCGGAUACCUGUUAAACUACGUCCUGACCUACACAGAAAGCUAUGACGACUCUUUUAUAGUGUUUGGUUUUGUGGUAGCUUGUUUGUUUGUAGGUCUCGUUGGAUUGGGAAGGGUAUACCUUGGAAUGCACAGCCCAAUUGAUAUUAUUGGUGGUCUGGGUCUGGGACUGGGGAUUCUUGCAAUCUGGCUCUCCAUAUCUGAAUAUAUAGAUAAUUUUGUUGUUUCGGGUCAAAAUGUUGUGUCAUUCUGGGCCGCCCUUAGCUUCCUGUUACUCUUUGCUUAUCCAACUCCUGAAUCUCCGACUCCAAGUUUUGAAUUUCACACAGCCUUCAAUGGUGUUGCCUUGGGAAUUGUGACUGGUAUCCACCAGACGUUCAAUCAGUUCCACCAUGAAAAUGUGGCCCGCGUAUUUUCCCAUCAGUUUACUUUUCCUGCAUUCAUGGGCAGAUUGCUACUGGGGAUCCCGACAAUCUUAAUUGUUAAGUUUUGUAGCAAGGCCUUCGCAAAAUGGAUUCUCCCUAUUCUUGCAUAUACUUUGGGAAUCCCAGUAAGAUCAACAACUUAUGUACCAACCUUAAAUGCCAUGGCGUCCGAUAAGAAAUUGGACAAAAUAAAGCAAUCAGCCUAUCUCCAAAAAUUCUUCUUUUUCUCCAAGCAAACCUCGUUUGAUGUUGAUACUGGCAUAAGGUUCCUUCAGUACGCUGGUCUGGCCUGGUCUGUCGUUGACCUUGUUCCUUCUUUGUUCCUUCGCCUCGGUUUGUGA